AAAAUCAAUUCACUAAAAAUCUCUUUUUCUGCUUCCUGGCACAGUGACUGAGUGGUGUGUGCUGUCUCUGGUCCCUGCUUCUUCCAGCGAUGACUUGCAGAGUCCUUCUAUUAACAGCCUUGGCCUUAUGUAAUGGGUUCAACCUGGAGACUGAAAAUGCAGUGAUCUUCCGAGAGAACGCCAAGGGCUUUGGGCAGAGCUUGGUCCAGUUCCAGGGAUCCUGGUUGGUGGUGGGAGCCCCCCAAGAGAUAACUGCUGCCGACCAAACAGGUCGCCUCUACCAGUGUGACUAUAGCACGGGCAAAUGUGAUCCAAUUCUCUUUCAGGUGCCCCCAGAGGCUGUGAACAUGUCCUUGGGUCUGUCCCUGGCGGCUUCUACCAACCCUUCUCAGCUGCUGGCCUGUGGCCCCACUGUACACCAAGUUUGCAAGGAGAACACCUAUGUGAAUGGCUUCUGCUUUCUGUUUGGAGCCACUUUUUCAAAGAAUCCUCAGAGAUUCCCACAGGUUCUAAGAGAGUGCCCUCAACAGGAGAGUGACAUAGCCUUCCUGAUUGAUGGCUCUGGUAGCAUCAGAAAAAACGAUUUUCAGAAGAUGAAGGAUUUUGUCUCAACUGUGAUGGUUCAACUUAAAAAGUCCAAUACCUUGUUCUCUUUGAUGCAGUAUUCUGACCACUUCCGGACUCAUUUCAACUUUGAACGAUUCAAGAAUUACCCUAAUCCCAUAUCACUGGUGAACCCAAUAGAACAACUACAAGGAACGACACACACAGCCACAGGAAUCCGCAGAGUGGUAAGAGAACUAUUUCAAAGCAGCAGUGGAGCCCGGGAGAAUGCUCUUAAGAUCUUAAUUGUCAUCACAGAUGGAGAAAAAUAUCAAGAUCCCUUGGACUAUAAGGAUGUCAUUCCUGAGGCAGACAGUAGGAAAAUCAUACGCUAUGUCAUUGGGGUUGGCGAUGCUUUCAAAAAAGAUAAGCACCGUGAAGAGCUUAAUACUAUCGCCUCCAAGCCAGCUCGUGACCAUGUGUUUCAGGUGAACAACUUUGAGGCUCUGAAGACUAUUCAGAACCAGCUUCAGGAAAAAAUCUUUGCAAUUGAGGGCACUCAGACAGGAACGACCAGCUCCUUUGAGUUUGAGAUGUCCCAGGAAGGCUUCAGUGCUGCCAUCACCUCUACUGGUCCCUUGCUAGGUACUGUGGGGAGCUUUGACUGGGCUGGUGGAGCCCUUCUGUACACGUCAAAAGAUUCAGCCAACUUCAUCAACACAACCAGGAUAGACUCAGACAUGAAUGAUGCUUACUUAGGUUACGCUGCUGAAGUCAUCGUGCGGAACCGGGUGCAAAGUCUGAUUCUGGGGGCACCCAGAUAUCAGCACAUUGGCCUGGUGGUGAUGUUCAGGAAGGAUGCUGGUUUCUGGAAUGCCAACUCUUUAAUCAAAGGCAACCAGGUCGGCUCCUACUUUGGGGCCUCCCUCUGCUCUGUGGAUGUGAACAGAGAUGGCAGCUCUGACCUGGUCCUCGUUGGGGCCCCCCACUACUAUGAACAGACCCGAGGGGGGCAGGUGUCUGUGUGCCCCUUGCCACGGGGGAGGGCUAGGUGGCAGUGUGAGGAAAUUCUCCAAGGGAUGCAGGGCCACCUUUGGGGCCGUUUUGGUGCAGCCCUGACAGUGCUGGGGGACGUGAAUGGGGACAAGUUGAUGGAUGUGGCCAUUGGGGCCCCAGGAGAAGAGGAGAACCAGGGUGCUGUCUACGUGUUUCACGGAACCUCGAACCUAAACAUGAACCCCUCCUACAGUCAGCGAAUCACAGGCUCCGACUUCUCUCCAAAACUCCAGUAUUUUGGGCAAUCACUGAGUGGGGGCCAGGACCUCACAAUGGAUGGACUGAUGGAUCUGGCUGUUGGGGCUCAGGGAUAUGCACUAGUGCUCAGGUCCCAGCCAGUUGUGAGAGUCCAGGUAACCAUGGAGUUCACACCCAGGGAAGUGGCAAGAAAAGUAUUUGAGUGUCGCGAACAAGAAGUGAGAGACCAGAUUGCUGGGGAGGCCAGAGUCUGCCUCGAAGUCCGCAGGAAAACACAGGACCGCCUGGGAGGAGACAUUCAGAGCAUCCUCAUCUAUGACUUGGCUCUGGAUCCAAGUCGCCCAUUUCCUAGGGCUGUCUUUGAGAAGACUAAGAACAACACUUACAGACAGACAGAGACCUUGGGGCUGAAUCAGAAAUGUGAAGUGCUGAAGCUACAGUUACCGAACUGUGUAGAAGACUCAGUGACCCCUAUUGCCCUGCGCCUCAACUUUUCUCUAAUGGGGAAGCCCCUGUCCUCCUUCGGGAACAUCCGGCCAGUGCUGGCUAUGGAUGCUCAGAGAUUCUUCAUAGCCUUGUUCCCCUUUGAGAAGAAUUGUGGCAAUGACAACAUCUGCCAGGAUGACCUCAGUAUCACCUUCAGUUUCAGGAACCUGAAUGCUCUGGUAGUAGGUGGUUCCCGGGCCCUCAAUGUGACGGUGACCGUGAGGAACGAUGGUGAAGAUUCCUACAGGACUCAGGUCACCUUCUUCUACCCACCCGGAUUGUCCUAUCGGAUGGUGUCAGGAGCCCAGAAUCCACGCUCACAGCGAUCCUGGCGCCUGACCUGUGAGUCUGGUGUCUCCCCUGAGGAGUCUGAGGCCUUGAGAAGCAGCAGCUGCAUCAUCAACAACCCCAUCUUCCCAGGCAACUCAGAGGUCACCUUUAACAUUACAUUUGAUGUGGACUCUGAUGCUUCCCUCGGAAAGAGACUUCUUCUUAAGGCCAACGUGACCAGUGAAAACAACAUGCCCGGGACCAACAAAACGGAAUUCCAGUUGGCACUGCCUGUGAAAUAUGCAGUCUACAUGGUGGUCACCAGCCAUGAAGCCUCCACUAAAUAUUUCAACUUUACCACUUCAGAGAAAACAAGCAAGUUCAUAAAGCAUCAGUACCAGUUCAACAAUCUGGGCCAUCGGAGCCUCCCUGUCAGUGUUAUCUUCUGGGUCCCUGUUCAGCUGGACCAGGCAACAGUGUGGAAAAACCUCCAAGUUACCUUCUCCCCGGACAUCAACAGGAAGUGCUACACUAAGCAGAAUGCCCCACCUCACUCUGGCUUUCUGGCAGAGCUUAAAAGGACCCCAGUGCUGAACUGCUCCAUUGCUGUCUGCCACAGAAUCCAGUGUGACAUUCAGUCCUUUGGUGUCCAGGAAGAAUUCACCGUCACUCUCAAUGGCAGCCUCUCGUUUGAUUGGUAUAUCAAGACUUCUCACGACUACCUUCAGCUUGUGAGCACGGCGGAGAUUUCCUUUGAUGAAUCCUCUUUUGCCCUGCAGCCAGGACAGGAAGCAUUUGCGAAGACCCAGAUACAGACCAAAGUGGAGCCGUAUGAAGUGCAUGACCCUGUCCCACUUAUUGUGGGCAGCUCAGUGGGGGGCCUGGUGCUCCUGGCCCUCAUCACUGCUGGACUGUACAAGCUUGGCUUCUUCAAGAGACAGUACAAGGACAUGAUGAAUGAAGCUGGUUCCGAAGCUGCCCCGCCUCAGGGCAGCGAACCGGAUUUUAGUUAGAAGCUUGCAGGACUGCAAGCGCUGAAUGGACAUUGUACAUUAGAAGACCGAGGAGGAGGCGUUUCACUCAGAAAAGACCUGCAAGACCUGCUUGGGACUUCAUUCAUCGGGGUGUGUGUGUGUGUGUGUGUGUGUGUGUGUGUGUGUGUGUGUGUGUGUGUGUUAUCUCUGGCACAGCGACAAGUGCCUGCACCAAACGUCUUAGGCAGAGGGGACUUACUGGCACUUCCUUGAGUCUGGGCAAAGGCGCCUUUUCUGCAGCUCUUGUCAGAAGCUGUCCUAGGAAGUGUAACAACUCCUCUUCCUGAUGAAGAAAGUGAGAGCUCCCUCUGUGGGCAAGUGGGUAGAGCUGCAAGGGUCUCUGUGGCUGAAAGAGCCUGUGUGGAGUAGAAGCUAGAACCAGGAGCCGGGCAGCUGAUGACACCCUGACCAGACCAUUCCGCGCUACAGCAUUCAUUUUUUUUUUAAAUAGAAAGAUAGGUUCAUAAUAUCGCUUCUAUCACUUGUCAUCCCGUUGCUCAUCGAUUUUCUCUAGCGGGCUCCAGUAACAUCUCCAUUCAUCCCUGUCGCCUGCUAGUGUAGCCCAAUGGCGUCUGCUCGCUCCAUGAACAUGAAGAGCAUCAAACCGCUCAUAGUAUAAAGAUAAAAGAUGUGUAUGGGUUUGGCGAACCCUCCCAUGGCUCUUUGGAUCCUUCUCAAAGGGCAGUCAGGCAAGGCUGUGUGUCUUUGGAGUCUCCUUCACAGUCUAGGCCUAUGCAAGCACACACACACACACACACACACACACACACACCUGAUCAUCCGAAUGGUAAUAUUCACUAUUUAUGCUGUUACACCUCUUUUUUUUUCUCAUCAAGUGCAGAAAUUGCCUCACAUGAACACAUUAGUACUUUUUAUUUCUUAAUACUGCUUCAUAAUGUUGUGUCUCAUUUUACUAUACUCCUUACAACUUUUGGCUAUUAAAAUGGCAAAUUAAAUUAAA